AACAUCACUUUUAACACACAAAGAAUCACAAUUUCUCAAAGAUCUUUGUUUGAAUAUAUGCACAAAAAAAGACAUCUCCCUAAAACAAUUACCUCUGUUCAGAAUUCAGAUGGAGACAAGAAGAGCUGCCAUCCACUUCCAUUCCCUCAUUGAAACUCUUUUACUGAAAAGGAAACAUCGGAUCAGAAAUCAGAGAUCGAAGAAGUUCGUCUUUGUCACUGGUCAGUUUGCCCACCUGAGCUAAUUAAAGUUCUUAAAUACGGAGUUUGAUUGGUUCUAAUUGACGACGAAAUGGCAGCCUUGCUUCAAUUCAAGCAUCAUUGUCGGCAUUUCGAUGAUACAAUACUAGAAUCAUGGAAAGACGGGGGUGAUUGCUGCUCGUGGGGCGGUGUCGAGUGUGAUGAACAAACUGAUCAUGUGAUUGGCUUAGACCUUAGUAAGAGUUUCCUCUUCGGUUCCAUAAACUCCAGCAGCCCCCUCUUUACCCUCACUCACCUCCAGAGGCUGGACCUCUCCUGGAAUAACUUCAACUAUUCUCACAUACCCUCCGCAAUCGGAAACCUCUCCCGUCUCACUCAUCUCAACCUGUCCACUUCGAACUUUGUUGGCCAAAUCCCACAACAACAGCUCUCCAAUAUUACCACUUUGGUUUCCCUCAAUCUCUCGUACCCUCCGGCUGAUGUAAUACCCUAUUUGGAAGUUGGUAGUCUGAAAGGACUAGUUCAACACAUGACCAAUUUGAAGCACCUUGAUCUAUCUCGUGUGUUCAUGUAUUCUUCAACUCUACCUCAUGACCUCCUCUUCAAUUCCUCGUCUCUAGAAACGCUCGUUCUUAAUGGGUGUGGCCUGAUGGGUGAGUUUCCCGUGGCCAUUUUCAAUCUCCCAAAGCUCAAGGUGAUCGAUCUAAGUAACAAUUAUGGUCUCAAAGGUCAUUUGCCCAACUUCCCAUCAGGGAGUCCUCUUAAAUCGCUGCUGCUCUCUGGAACAAGUUUUGGAGGAGUGUUGCCUCCCUCCAUUGGAAAUCUUGCUUCUUUGGAAAAUAUAGACAUCUAUGGUUGCAGUUUUACAGGGAAGCUUCCGAUGUCACUCGGUAAUCUUACCCAACUUGUUUCUGUGGACAAUCUUAUUUGGGGAGGUAAUCACUUCAGCCCUGAUAGUUUCACUACUAGUUCAUUAUCAUGGAUCGGUAAGCUCACCAAGAUCACUCGCUUGGAUCUUGGAAGCAAGAACCUGAAGGGUGAGAUCCCGUCUUGGCUCAUGAACCUCACUCGACUUACUGAGCUAAAUAUCAAUGAAAAUCAACUUACUGGUCCAAUCCCAUCUUCCUUCAUGAACCUCACCCGACUUACUCGGCUAUAUAUCAAUGAUAAUCAACUUACUGGUCCGAUCCCAUCUUCCUUCGUGAACCUCACUCAUCUCACAGACAUUGACUUCUCUCACAACAAAUUAUCUGGUCCAUUCCCUUCUUGGCUCAUGAACCUCACUCAGCUCAUACACGUUGACUUGUCGAACAACCAGUUAACUGGUCAGAUCUUGUCCCAAUUUAGUCGCAUAAUUGAGUGGUUAGACCUUUCGUAUAAUAAUCUGGAAGGAUCUAUUCCUACAAAUCUAUCUAGUCUCCAUAACCUCAAGUUUCUUUCACUUGAACGUAAUAAGUUAGUUGGCUCCGUGGAGCUAAGCGCAUUCUCUCGCUUCCAAAAUUUAACUUCUUUAAUCUUGUCACAUAAUAAUUUUGUAUUGGGCGUAAAAAACAUUAGUUCAAAAGAUGCCAACUACUUUCCAAGCUUACAUGUUUUAGGGUUGGCUUCAUGCAAUCUGCACGAGUUUCCUACAUUCCUACCCAACAACAAACACACAUUGGAGUAUUUGGAUCUUUCUGAUAACUACUUGAGAGGCCAAAUUCCUGCUUGGAUUUUCGACAUUGGUCAAAAUUCUCAUAAUGGAAUCGAUUUGAACCUUUCGUAUAACCUUUUAAGUAGUUUUGAACGUGAUCAUCAUGUAUUUCAUCCAAGGGCUAGAAUACAAACUCUAGACCUUAGGAAUAAUAUGCUUCAAGGAUCUCUCCCAAUCCCAUCUCCUUCCUCGUCCUCCCUGUUGUCCUACCUAAUUUCAAACAAUAAUCUAUCUGGUGAAGUCUCGCCUCUCAUUUGCAGUUUCACAUCCCUUUGGAAUCUUGAUCUAUCCUUCAAUAGUCUGAGGGGAAAGCUUCCCCAGUGUUUUAGCAAAUUUGGUGACUCCCUUUUAGUUUUGGAUCUUAGAGGAAACAAUUUUGAUGGAAAUAUUCCGUCAAUGUGGAGAGAUGGAUGCCAACUAAGAAUGAUUAGUAUGAGUCAUAAUCAGUUACAGGGGCAGUUUCCGAGAUCAUUAGCCAAUUGUUCAAUGCUUGAGUUUGUUGAUUUUGGUAACAACCAAAUAAAUGAUACUUUUCCAUUUUGGUUAGGAACCCUUGCUCACUUGAGUGUCCUUAUUUUGCGAUCCAACAGUUUGCAUGGUGUCAUUAAUGAUGAUUUUGGAUUCUCAAACCUUCGAGUAAUCGACUUAUCCAAUAAUAGUUUCAGUGGGAAGUUGCCAUCAAAGUUCAUUGGCACCUGGAAUGCCAUGAAAACACCAGAUUCAAGUCACUCUAUUGCAUACAUGGAGAACUUGUUUUUGUCAAAUGUGAGUUGGACUUCAGGAGAUGGCUCAUUUGAUUACUCAAUGACCAUAUAUAACAAAGGAUCAGAGUUGAAUUAUACGAAGAUCCCAGUUAUCUUUUAUGCCGUGGAUUUCUCUUCCAACAGGUUCGAAGGACAUGUUCCGGAUGUGAUUGGAAAUCUAACGCGGCUUCAGCUGCUAAAUCUUUCCAGAAACCAUUUCAGCGGUCAGAUACCACCUUCUUUCUCAAACAUGAAAAAUUUGGAAUCUUUGGAUAUUUCCCGGAACCAACUUUCAGGACAGAUUCCAACUCGACUCACAGAACUCACUUAUCUUUCAUCAUUUGACGUGUCGUAUAACAAUCUCUCUGGCCCUAUACCACAACGAAACCAGUUCUGUAACUACGACUCCAAAUCAUAUGAAGGGAAUCCCGGAUUGUGUGUCGAGACUUGGAGUAAGCAGUGUGGAAAUGCGAGGACAAUGCCCCGACUGCAACAGCCUCCGUCCAUUACAGAAGAAGAGGAAGACUCAGAAUCAGACUUCAAAAUAAAGUGGACGAUAAUAUCAAUUGGAUUUGUUAGUGGUUUAGUAGGUGGAGUGGUCGUUGGGAAUGAAUUCACCACAAGAAAACAUUAUUGGUUCGUCAAGACUUUUGCAAAGAUACAGAGAUGGUACGCCUGAGAUCACGGGAAGCAUACAUACUGAUAAUCCUCAGCUGUGUUUGGAAUCAGAAAGAGAAAUAAAUGGUUGUGAGUGUGUUUAAUUGUUGUUGUUAUGUAUUAUCUGUUGUAAUGUAUUUUAUCUUUAUCAAGUGAUGCUAUUUGAUCUAUGUUAGAUGGUUUUUGGGUGCGUGGUGUGCUUAAUAACCAUGCAAAAACUCAUAUAAAAACAGGAUCGAGCC